CGCAUGUGUUCCCGGUGUCGGCCGUGGAAACCGAAGCCUCGGUCCGUUGUCGCCUGGAGGGCCACUUCUAUCUUCUGGUAGGACCACGUGGCCUUUCGCUCGCUUCGCGAGGCCAGCAGGGCGCCAUGGGAAAAGUGCUGUUCUGGUGGCCCUUCUGCAACAUUCGUCGCUAUGGCAUGGUGCAAGGGGCCUUCUCCUUCGAGGCUGGGCGCAAAUGCGCCUCCGGGGAAGGGCUCUUCACUUGGAGGUCCCCCGAAGCUGCCGACAUCCAUCGCGCCAUGGUGGACUGGCUGAAAGUGUCUCUGGACAGCGCCGUUGCCCACUCGCAGGAGGCUGAACAACACUGCUACGAAAAUUUGCGCCCGGGGUCCUCGGUGGAACACGUGCAGUGCAACGAUGCCGAGUAUGCUGUGAUCCGCAAGUCCAGUGCUGCCCCUUGAGUGCCGUCAAUCUUCAGGACGGACUUGAAUGAUGACUUUUAGACAGCUUCCUUUCAAGAAUUCUAUGCAGGGUUGUGGGAGGCGUGGGAGCGAGCGCCUAGUUUCAGAGAGCGCUUUCCUGGCCCAGUUGCUUGUGCAAACAAAACAUUUUGCAAAGGUAUAGGGAGUAUUCCCUGGCGGCCAUAUUCGUGUGCGCCGCUGCUGAGCGCGUGCUGACGGCGAGCUUCCGCAGUCCUUUUGGAGCGUGCAUUUAGCACCAUCAAGGUUGCCGGUCUUAGCAGGCUAUUAAUGUGAGCUCGUUCUGAGCAUGCGCUCUAAACAUCGCCCUCAAAUAUGGCGUCCAGUGAAUACUUCCUAUACGUCAUCGCACCUGUACUCUUGGCUGCGCUGUACACAACUGUGAGAUGGGCAAGGUAAAACGAUACCCGAUGCAGACAAAAAAUAAAUAAAUAAACCCUGCUAUUAU